AUGGGUAAGAAGAGUCGAGUCAAAACUCAGAAGUCAGGCACAGGUGCGACAGCGACGGUGUCCCCGAAGGAGAUCUUGAACCUCACCAGCGAGCUGCUGCAGAAAUGCAGCAGCCCCGCCCCCGGCCCGGGAAAGGAGUGGGAAGAGUAUGUACAGAUCCGGGCUCUGGUGGAGAAGAUACGGAAGAAGCAAAAAGGUCUGUCUGUGACCUUUGACGGAAAAAGAGAAGAUUACUUUCCUGACCUAAUGAGAUGGGCCUCAGAACACGGAGCAUCUGGGGAAGGUUUUGAAAUGGCCAACUUCAAAGAGGAGGGCUUUGGUUUAAGAGCAACAAGAGACAUCAAGGCAGAAGAAUUAUUUUUAUGGGUUCCACGAAAAUUACUUAUGACUGUUGAAUCUGCUAAAAAUUCAGUGUUGGGGCCCUUAUAUUCUCAAGACCGAAUUCUUCAAGCCAUGGGAAAUAUCACACUGGCCUUUCAUCUGCUGUGUGAGAGGGCCAACCCUAACUCUUUCUGGCAGCCCUACAUCCAGACCCUGCCCAGCGAGUAUGACACUCCUCUCUACUUUGAGGAAGAUGAAGUUCGGUAUCUUCAGUCCACACAAGCCAUCCACGAUGUCUUCAGCCAGUACAAAAACACAGCCCGGCAGUACGCCUACUUCUAUAAGGUGAUCCAGACCCACCCUCAUGCCAACAAGCUGCCCUUGAAGGACUCGUUUACAUAUGAGGACUACAGGUGGGCCGUGUCCUCUGUUAUGACGAGACAGAACCAGAUUCCCACCGAGGAUGGCUCCCGGGUGACCCUUGCCCUGAUCCCUCUGUGGGACAUGUGCAACCACACCAGUGGCCUGAUCACCACUGGCUACAACCUGGAGGAUGACCGCUGCGAGUGUGUGGCCCUGCAGGACUUCAGGGCCGGGGAGCAGAUUUACAUUUUUUAUGGCACUCGAUCAAAUGCAGAGUUUGUGAUCCACAGUGGUUUUUUCUUUGACAAUAAUUCACACGACAGAGUGAAAAUAAAGCUCGGCGUGAGUAAAAGCGACAGGCUGUACGCUAUGAAGGCCGAGGUCCUGGCCCGCGCCGGCAUCCCCACCUCCAGCGUGUUCGCGCUGCACUCCACAGAGCCGCCCAUCUCCGCCCAGCUCCUGGCCUUCCUCCGUGUCUUCUGCAUGACCGAAGAAGAGCUGAAGGAGCAUUUGCUGGGAGACAGUGCCAUUGAUAGAAUCUUCACCUUGGGCAACUCGGAAUUCCCCGUCAGCUGGGACAACGAGGUCAAGCUUUGGACGUUUCUUGAAGACAGAGCUUCGCUGCUUCUGAAAACGUACAAAACGACAAUUGAGGAGGACAGGGCCUUCCUGAAGGCCCACACCCUCUCCACCCGGGCCACCAUGGCCAUCAAGCUGCGCCUCGGGGAGAAGGAGAUCCUGGAGAAGGCCGUGAGGAGCGCUGUGGCGAGCCGGGAGCACUUCCACCGCCAGACGCAGGCGCGGGCCCCGCUGCCCCGCUACGAGGAGAGCGCCCUGGGGCUGCUGGAGGGCAGCGUCGGGGCCUCGGGGCUGCCCCUGGUCCUGCGGAGCCUGGACGGGGAGCGUGGCGCGCAGGAGGCCCUGAGCCUCAACGAGGCCGUCGCCAGAGCCAAGACAGCCGAGAACGGGCUGCUCAAUGGGGACAGCCCUGUGCCCAAUGGGGCCGGAGCCCAGGACGGGAACUCGAGCCCAGAGGAGACUCAGAGAAGGUCUGAGGAUGCCAAAGAACCCACCACGGCCGGAACCGGCUCCCAGCUCUGA